CUGCUGCCGGAGCCGAACGGGGCCGAACGGGGCCGAACGAACCCGAACGGGGCCGAACGAACCCGAACGGAGCCGAACGAGGCCGAACGAGGCCGAACGGAGCCGAACCCGAACGGAGCCGAACCCGAACGGAGCCGAACCCUUCCCGGAGCCGAACGAACCCGAACGCGGAGCCGAACCGGACCCGAGCGGAGCCGAACCGGACCCGAGCGGAGCCGAACCGGGCCCGAGCGGAGCCGAACCGGGCCCGAAGCGGAGCCGAGCGGAGCCGAGCGGAGCCGAGCGGGGCCCCGGCGGCCGCUGGAGCGCGGCGGGCGCGGAGCGCGAUGCUGCGGCCCGGCCCGCACCACCCGGGGCCCUGAAGCCGGACGAUGCCCCUUGGCCAUGGCGGCGCCGGCGCCCGUUAGGAUGCCGCUGCCGCCGCCGGCGUUGCUGCUGCUGCUGCUGCCGCUGCUGUCGGCCCCGGCGGCGCCGGCGGCGGCUCCAACCUCCUGCCCGGCGGCUUGUUCCUGCAGCAACCAAGCGAGUCGGGUGAUUUGCACCCGCCGGGAGCUGCUGGAGGUACCGGCCAGUAUUUCGGUCAACACCCGUUACCUGAACCUGCAGGAAAACCACAUCCAGGUGAUCCGCACCGACACCUUCAAACACCUCCGGCACCUGGAGAUCCUCCAGCUGAGCCGCAACCUGGUGCGGAAGGUGGAGGUGGGCGCCUUCAACGGCCUCCCCAACCUCAACACCCUGGAGCUCUUCGACAACCGCUUGACCACCGUCCCCACGCAGGCCUUCGAGUACCUCUCCAAGCUGCGCGAGCUCUGGCUGCGCAACAACCCCAUCGAGAGCAUCCCCUCGUACGCCUUCAACCGCGUCCCCUCCCUGCGCCGCCUGGACCUGGGCGAGCUCAAGCGCCUGGAGUACAUCUCGGAGGCCGCCUUCGAAGGGUUGGUCAACCUACGCUACUUGAACUUGGGGAUGUGCAACCUGAAGGAGAUCCCCAACUUGACGGCGUUGGUCCGGUUGGAGGAACUGGAGCUUUCGGGGAAUCGCUUGGGUCGAGUCCGUCCCGGUUCCUUCCAGGGUUUGGGUAGCUUGAGGAAGCUGUGGUUGAUGCACGCCCGGGUGGCGGCGGUGGAACGCAACGCCUUCGAUGACCUCAAAGCUUUGGAAGAGCUGAAUUUGGCCCACAACGAGCUGGCCUCGCUGCCCCACGACCUCUUCGCCCCCUUGCACCGCCUGGAGCGGGUCCACCUCCACCACAACCCUUGGCGUUGCGAUUGCGACGUCCUCUGGUUGAGUUGGUGGUUGAGGGAGACGGUGCCGAGCAACACCAGCUGCUGCGCCCGGUGCCACGCGCCGCCGGCGUUACGCGGGCGUUACCUGGGCGAGCUGGAACCGGGGCACUUCACCUGCUACGCCCCCGUCAUCGUCGAACCCCCCGCCGACCUCAACGUCACCGAAGGGAUGGCGGCCGAACUCAAGUGCCGAACCGGCACCGCCAUGACCUCGGUCAACUGGUUGACGCCCAACGGGACGUUGAUGACCCACGGUUCGUACCGGGUGAGGAUCUCCGUCCUCCACGACGGUACGCUCAACUUCACCAACGUCACCGUGCAGGACACGGGGCAAUACACCUGCAUGGUGACCAACGCCGCCGGGAACACCACCGCCUCCGCCACGCUCAACGUCUCGGCCGCCGACGCCGCCGCCGCCGCCGCCGCCGCCGCCGCCGCCACCGGUUACACCUAUUUCACCACCGUCACGGUGGAAACCACCGACGCCGGCGGCGAGGAAGCGGCUCCUCAAACCGCCCCGGCGCCCACCGCCGGUUGGGAAGGCGCCGGCGGUUCCACGGCGGCUCCGGCGACCCGCGCUACGGGCAAACCUUUCACCGUCCCCAUCACGGCGGCGGCGGCGGGGACGGGCGGCGGGUUGCAGGAUUUGGACGACGUCUUGAAGACCACCAAGAUCAUCAUCGGUUGCUUCGUGGCCAUCACCUUCAUGGCCGCCGUCAUGUUGGUCGCCUUCUACAAGCUCCGCAAGCAACACCAACGCCACAAGCACCGCGGCGGCCCGGCGCGCGCCGUCGAGAUCGUCAACGUGGAGGACGAGUUGGCGGGCGGCGCCGGGGGUCCCGGCGGCGUCGCCGGCGGAGGAGGAGGAGGAGGAGGAGGAGGAGGAGGAGGAGGGGGCGGCGGGGACAACCGCUUGGCGCUGCCGGCGUUGGAGCGCGACCACCUCGACCGUUACGCCGCCUUCGCCGCCCAUUACGGCAACAGCGGGGCGGCGCUGGGCUGCGGCAAGAACCCGCUGCUCAACUCGGUGCACGAACCCCUGCUCUUCAAGAGCCCCUCCAAGGAGAACGUGCAGGAGACCCAGAUCUGACCCCCUCCCCCCACCCCCACCCCACCCCC